GACUGGGUAACGAUUUUAGUCUGUGAAUUGGGUUCAGUUCUCCGCGGACCUCUAUUUGAAAAAAACCGCUCGGUAGUGCACGUUUUAGUUCUCUCUAUUUCCAUCAAAAUGGGCUCCUUAUUUAGGAGUGCGGAAAUGACCCUAUGCCAGCUCUUUUUACAGAGCGAGGCCGCAUACGCUUGUGUUUCUGAACUUGGGGAACUCGGGCUCGUUCAGUUUAGAGACCUCAAUCCAGACGUGAACGCGUUUCAGCGAAAGUUUGUCAACGAGGUCAGACGUUGCGAUGAGAUGGAGAGGAAGUUACGGUAUUUGGAGAAGGAGAUUAAGAAGGAUGGAAUUCCUAUGUUGGAUACUGGAGAAAACCCAGAAGCUCCACAACCACGCGAAAUGAUCGAUUUAGAGGCAACUUUCGAGAAGUUAGAAAAUGAGCUACGCGAAGUAAAUCAAAAUGCGGAGGCUUUAAAAAGAAACUUCUUGGAAUUGACGGAGUUAAAACAGAUUUUGCGUAAAACCCAAGUGUUUUUCGAUGAGCACGAGGGUGGAAACCCCACCGAAUCAAUGACCAGAGCACUCAUUAGCGAUGACAAUAUUGCGAGACAAGGGGGCCUGGGCCCUGUACAGUUAGGUUUUCCGGAAAAGCCUAGCGAAUUGGAAGACUACCUACCUUGUUUCGUCGCUGGCGUCAUCCUUCGCGAAAGAAUACCGGCUUUUGAAAGGAUGUUAUGGAGAGCUUGCCGAGGAAACGUCUUUUUACGCCAAGCGGAAAUUGAGACGCCUUUAGAAGAUCCAUCGACGGGUGAUCAAGUUUUCAAAUCCGUUUUUAUAAUUUUCUUCCAAGGAGAUCAAUUAAAAACUCGCGUUAAAAAAAUUUGCGAAGGAUUCCGAGCUACUCUUUAUCCAUGCCCAGAAGCUCCGGCAGAUCGUAGAGAAAUGGCAAUGGGGGUGAUGACUCGUAUCGAAGAUUUAAAUACCGUUCUAGGUCAAACCCAAGAUCAUCGUCAUCGCGUUUUGGUGGCUGCCGCAAAAAACAUUAAAAAUUGGUUCGUUAAAGUCCGAAAGAUCAAAGCGAUUUAUCACACGUUGAAUCUAUUCAAUUUGGAUGUGACACAAAAAUGUUUAAUCGCCGAAUGUUGGGUUCCCGUUUUAGAUUUGGAAAAUAUUCAGUUAGCUUUAAGACGUGGAACGGAAAGGAGCGGAAGUUCCGUUCCGCCGAUUUUAAAUAAAAUGGAAACUUGUGAAGAUCCACCAACUUACAAUCAUACGAAUAAAUUUACCACGGCUUUUCAAGCUUUAAUUGAUUCUUACGGUAUUGCUUCUUAUAGAGAAAUGAAUCCAGCCCCUUACACAAUUAUUACAUUUCCGUUUCUUUUCGCUGUCAUGUUUGGCGAUUGUGGACAUGGAUUAUUAAUGGCUUUAUUCGCUGGAUGGAUGGUUUUGAAAGAAAAGCCCUUGGCUGCAAAAAAAUCAGAUAACGAAAUUUGGAAUAUUUUCUUUGGGGGAAGAUACAUUAUUUUAUUAAUGGGCGUUUUCUCAAUUUACACUGGCUUAAUUUACAAUGAUAUGUUUUCGAAAUCUUUAAAUAUCUUCGGUUCUCAAUGGCGUGUUAAUAACGUCACUGAAGAACAAGCUAUAAACAUGUUAGAUACGCACAUGUUAGAUCCUGCAACUAAAGAUUUCUUGGGUUAUCCGUACGUUAUUGGUAUGGACCCCGUUUGGCAAUUAGCAAAGAAUAAAAUCAUUUUUCAAAACGCCUAUAAAAUGAAAAUUUCGAUUAUUCUUGGUGUGUUUCAUAUGUUAUUCGGUGUUGCUUUGAGUCUUUGCAAUCACCGUUAUUUUAAGAAUAAAGUCAACAUCUUUUGUGAAUUUAUCCCUCAAGUUAUCUUCUUAACCUUCCUCUUCUUAUACAUGGUGUCUUUAAUGUUUAUGAAAUGGAUUAUGUUCUUUGCAACACUUGAUUUACCUGGAGAUGAGGAUGGUGAUUUUCGUCGUGGUCCUCAAUGCGCCCCAUCAAUUUUAAUAACAUUUAUUAACAUGGUGCUAUUUAAAGAAUCGAAAAUCGUUGAGGGAUGCGAUGAAACUAUGUACCCAGGUCAAAUGUUUGUGCAAAAAUUUUUGGUUAUAACCGCAUUACUUUGCGUGCCAUGGAUGUUACUCGCCAAACCGAUUUAUAUAAUGCGGACCCGAUCGCAGAAAGCUGUCCAUACUCAAAUGCAACAAGCAACUGAAAAUGGAGAUGCGGAACAAGCCCUUGCUAAUAACACUCAAGCAGCAGCACCACAUGGUGCAACCGGUGGUCACGAUGAUAACGAGGAAAUGAGUGAAAUUUUUAUCCAUCAAGGAAUCCAUACUAUUGAAUAUGUACUUGGAUCGGUGUCUCACACUGCUUCUUAUUUGCGUUUAUGGGCUUUAUCUCUAGCUCACGCUCAACUGUCUGAAGUGUUAUGGAAUAUGGUAUUAAGUAAAGGAUUGAUAAUAGAUGAUUGGAGAGGUGGAAUCGUUCUUUACGUAAUCUUUAGCUUCUGGGCUUGCUUAACAGUAUCAAUUUUGGUGUUAAUGGAAGGAUUAUCCGCGUUUUUGCAUACAUUACGUUUACAUUGGGUUGAGUUCCAGAGCAAGUUUUAUUCCGGUCUGGGGCACGCUUUCCAACCGUUUUCGUUCGAAUUAAUUCUAGACACGGCUUCCCAAGGAGAUGCGGAAUAAAUCAAUGUAUUACAGAAGAACUAGAUAAAAGAAAUAUUUCAAAAUAUAUUAAAUUAUUCAAUCAUAAAGAAAACCUUAGACGGUACUUAAACUUGAAAGUUUUUUUAUAAUUGUUUUCUGAUUAAUUCAGUCAGAAUUAAAUGUUGUAAUUGCUUGUAUGUUAAAUCAAUAAAUAAAUAUAAACUAA